CAUCACCCACCCUUUUCUUGCUUUUCUUCGUAAUCUCUCCUUUCAAAAUCAUGAACCGUAUAAAACAAGCAUUGCAUUCAAAGCAAGAAGCAAAUGGCUCGAGGAAGCGCUUUUCGUUGUUUGGAAAGGACACUAGCGAAAAUCGUCCUUCUUUCUCAGAGAAGACCCACCAUAAAGCCAAAAGCCCUGCUCUCGCCAUUAACACAGCGGAUGUAAAAUCCACUGACCAACCUCGAUCUGCAAACAUUCCUCGGUCGAGAUUCGUAGAAUCUGAUUUUGCAUCCCCCAAAACUCAGAAAAGGUACUCCAUGUUUCAGUCCGCCAAGGAUAUUUCCCCCAUACAGCAACAUGCAGCUUCUACGCUGAUAACAGAAGCAAAUAAUACGCUUACCACACCGGCCAUUGCAUCUAACCCCUCAGUAGAACGAAGGUCAAGUUUGCGACGGGGUCGCUCGCUAGUUUUGCCACCACGCCGUAAGAGCACCCGAGUUGCCAUGGCAAUAUCAUCGGCAAAUGAAAAACAUUACUCGUUGCCUGAGGAACCUGAAUCAUCUGAGCCUCGAGAUGCACCUCCGCCGCAACCAGAUGAUGGGUCUACAACACCUCAGGCUGACGAAUUUUUACAGCUUGGAUUAGCAUGUCAUGAGAACGGAAAGUUGGAAAAAGCAACGCAUUACUGGCGAAUGGCUGCAGAACGAGACCAUCCGCUGGGUCUGUUUUUCUAUGGUAUUGCUUUGAGACAUGGCUGGGGAUGUAAACCAAAUCCGACUAUGGCUGUCCGUUACCUUCAGCGAGCUGCAGAGUGUGCGGUAUACGACCUUCAAACUGGUAUUGCACAGUCUACGUUAGUAGCCAAGCAGGAGUUGGUAUUGGCGAUAUACGAACUGGGCGUUUGCUUUCAACACGGCUGGGGGGUGCCAAAAAAUAUUGCAACUGCAGCCUACUAUUUCGAAAUAGCAAGCAAUCUUGGUGACCCCGAUGCACAAAACGACCUUGGUUUUUGUUAUUCUCACGGACAAGGGGUAAAAAAGGAUAAUUUCAAAGCCGCAAAGUACUACAGGAUGGCAGAUCGACAAGGUAACGGUAUUGUGGGCAACUCGUGGAUAUGGAAGUCCAAAUACGAUAUCGUAGAUCAACCUAACUGGGACAAGAAUGGUUCCUCUGAGAAAGCAAAUACCAUGGCAGCCGUCAAGUCAAUAACGUCUGCCAAGCACGAAUCUUAUGAAGAAAAGAAACGCCGUUAAGCAAAUACCCUCUCCUCGGCCUAUUUGGCUGUCUCUCCUCCCUACUUGUAACAACAUCUGCAUCUACUUAUAUUAUACCGCUUCAACUACUCCCAUCAUUGUACAUGUUUUUUUAUCUCAUGUUGUAUGUAUUUUUUUUUUCGCAAGUCACCACAUCAUAUAUAAAAUUUGAACCGAUUUUUAUUUUAUACCCGUUU